AUUAAGUGGCGCAUGCGUGUCAGUGGAGCAGACGGACCGAAAACAGCAGACGUUGGAGUUUACCGUUCACACCAGUCACGUGGUCAUGUGAGACCAAUUUUUCAAACUCUGGAACUUAAGGAGCAUUCUAUGUUUUUCUGUGAACAAAAACUUAUACGACCGAUAUGUUCAUUUCAUUUGUUCAGUUUCUGUGAACAGCGAGUUCUAUACAUACAUAUAUAUAUAUGACAGAUACGUUCAUUUAAUGUAUUCAAGUUUUAUCGAAUAAGCUCAAUAAUUUAAAGCAAUUGUUACAAUGUUUUCUAUAUUUGGCUUUUACUGGAGUAACUUAUCUGGACACUUGCUCGUAUGUUGUAUCCUAGCUCUCUGCCAGACUUGUACGUUGGUCUCAGCGAAAUAUGGUCAAGGUUUGCCGUGCCGGCCUGUGCACCAGGAGAUCAGCUUCCCACGUGUGCGUGACGUCAACGGCAAAAAGACGUCAAUCCAUUCCAUUUCCGGUGAUACUGUGUACGUCACAUUGACGUGGAGGAGGAGGAGACUGGACAUCGUGCUACACAGGAACGAGCUGACCUCGCCAGGGACCUACAGCCAGUGGUCGCAGGAAAACGUCACAUACGCUCACACCAUCGACCAGACGUGCUUUUAUUACGGCUACCUGGCCAACGUGACGUCAUCGUCGGCUGCCAUCACGACUUGCGACGGUUUGGCUGGCUACAUCCAGACGGACAGAGAACUCUUGUUCCUUCAACCUGGCGCAAACAAGGGAACAGACGGCGCGCAGCCGCACGUACUUUACACGUGCGAGCCGGAGCAGUCAGCGCCAGAACCGGAAGUCUGGUCACGUCAUUCAGCCCAGCCCUCAGGGAGGAAGCGACGUGCCGCGGCAAAGACCAAGUACCUGGAGGUGUUGGUGGUGGUGGAUCACAUGGUCCAGGAGGCGUUGGGUAGUCGGGAGAAGACGGAGAGCUACGUCAUGACGCUGAUGAACAUUGCCAACACCGUGUACCAGCACCACAGUCUAGGGCAGGAUAUCCGUGUUGUUGUUGUCAAAAUUCUCCUUCUUGACAAGAGCCAGCAAAGACAAGUCGUGCUGGCCAACGACCCUCUCUACUCGGUCAACCUGUUCUGUAGAUGGUCGCAGCAACAAAUCCCCGCUGGUCAACCCAUGGACUAUGACGUGUCAGUCCUGUUGACCAAGGAGUCUCUCGGCCCUUCAGGUUACGCCCCCAUCACGGACAUGUGCAACCCGGCGCGGAGCUGUGCUGUCAUCAGGGACGAGGGCUUCACCGCGGCUUUUGUCAUCGCUCACGAGAUCGCUCACGUGUUUGGCGUGUUCCAUGACGGCCACGGGAACGAAUGUCACGGCAGGAAGUGGGAGACGGCCCUGAUGGCCACACUACUGGAGACCAAGCUCAACAACUUCUGGUGGUCCGAGUGUAGCCGUGCCAGGAUGAAGGAGGUCUUACAGUACAUUACCUGCCUUGACAACGAGCCCAGAAAGAUGGCCAACAAACAUUACCCGCUCAAGGCUCCAGCCACCAUAGAGAAGGUGCUGGGCAAACCCUGGAGCCUCAACUUCCAGUGUAGCCAGGCCUUUGGUCCAGGUUUCCAGCUCUGUGCGGGGUUCAGCCAGGACCCGUGCAACAUGCUGUGGUGCAGCCAUCAGACCCAGCCCCUGUACUGCCGGACCAAGCGAGGGCCCCCCAUAGCUGGAUCUGUGUGUGGGACAGACAGGGAGUGUCGCAACGAAUCUUGUCAAUAUGUCGGCAAGGAGAAACCGGUCAACGGCAACUGGGGGUCAUGGGGGUCAUGGACCGCCUGCAGCACCGCCUGUGGGGUGGGGAUCAAACAGAGGACCCGGGUCUGUGACCGGCCUGCUCCAGCUUAUGGCGGAAAAUCUUGUGAUGGCGAGGCAGAAAUCAUGGACACGUGCAAAGAUACAACGUGUAGGAAUUAUGUGGACACCAGGAAAGGAGAAUGUGCCGUCUGGGACUUGCUACUGUUGCAUGGCAACCACAGUUGGCAGCCGUUUGAAGGCCUAAAUGAUUCCUCCCUGUGCCUACAGACGUGCAAGUCGUCCCACACGGGUGAAGUGCUCACCAUCAACGUGCACGUCUCGGACGGCACGGCCUGCAGCUACACAGGCAACAACAGCAACAUCUGCAUGGACGGCGCAUGCGUGGCUGUGGGGUGUGACGGAAAACGCAACUCCACACUGAAAGAAGAUAUGUGCGGGAUGUGUGGGGGGACAGGCUCAGAGUGUAAGACAGUGCGGGGAACCUUCAACAAGAAACCAAGUUCAGGACAAGAGUACAUUCCAGUGAUAACAAUUCCAGAAAAUUCUAGAAAUAUUGAAAUUAUUGAAACUAAAUUAAGUGGCCAUUUUUUAGCCAUAGAAGAUCCCAAGUAUGGCACAUUACCGCUGAACGGGGAGAAGCGACAGUCUAAAAAUACCCGACUUGUCAUCAAUGGCGCCAUGUUCGAGUACAAGCGCUCAGGGCCCAACAGUAUGGAGAGCAUUACCUCCCCUGGCCCUCUCCGCAAGCCUCUUCAAGUGCUGGUGUUCACAAAUAACGAGCUGAGCAACACAUCAAUAUCUUUUAGCUACGUUGUACACAAGAGUGAUUUCACGUAUGAGAUGAACAACUACAAAUGGAAGUUUGAAAACUGGUCUGCCUGUUCAGUUACCUGUGGCAAAGGUGUACAGACCAUCAUACACGGCUGCUACCACAAGGACACAGACGUAAAAGUUGACCUUGAACUCUGUGCUCUGCUGCCUCCACCACGCAAGGACACGUCACCCUGCGCACUGGACCAGUGUGGCCUCGUCAGAUACCUGUAUGCCAUGGACAAGGAUUACAGCGAGUGUGUGGCCAGAUGUGGAGAGAAGGGCUACCAGCAGCAGAAGUUCCACUGUGAGAGGCAGUUCCUCAACAACCAGACCUUUGAGAAGACCUCCCUCAGCUGGUGCCAGCAUCUGGUCCCUCCCAACUACACGCAGGCCUGCAUGGGCCAGCCUUGUAGCACCACUCACAGUUUCCAAUGGCGAACCACAAGUGAGUGGUCCAAAUGUUCAUGUGGUGAUGCAGGUGUCCAGACCAUCAAUGUCACCUGUGUCAGAGUGGAAACAGUGGCCAACAAUACCCAGAAAACAGAAUCCACGGUGCCAGACAACAACUGCAAGGAUGUACCAGGGAAACCUAGCACAAGCAGGUCAUGUCAAGGCCAGCCGUGUCAAGUGACAAAAUACAGGUGGGCCAACACCUUCAAGUACUCUGAAUGUAGCACCAGCUGUGGUCCAGGGGUCAAGAGCUCCACCAUGGUGUGUGAGAGGGUGACCUUGUCAGGUGACCAGGAGAGUGUGGAGGAGGUAGACGAACAAUUGUGUGCCAAAAGUCUCAAGCCCUAUCCCAGGAAACAGUCGUGUGAGAAUGAGGCCUGCGAGGAAAAGAUCAGAUACCAGUGGCUCAACAGUUUUCAGAACUCCACAUGCAGUCAGAGGUGUGGCUUGUUAGGACUGGAGCAUGCUGAGCUGGUCUGCCACCAGCUGGCCAGCGGAAAUCAAACUGUGGUGGCCCAAGUGGCAAGUUCAUUCUGCAGCGACCUUCAGAAACCAGAGGUCGAGACACGAACAUGUCAGCUCAAACCUUGCCCAGAAGACAGCUUUGUGUACAGAUGGAGCUACAACUUCCAGAACGCCUCCUGCAAUGCCAAGUGUGGGGAGUCUGGGGAGAUUGAGCCGACGCUGACCUGCUUGAAGCUGUCCAAAGUCUUUGAGGAUCUGAUGGAGAAUGUGGAGGAGACAUUCUGCACCAACAGCACCAAGCCGUACAAGCGCAGACGUACAUGUACGGCCGAACCUUGUCAAGAUGAGCCAAAGAAAUACGUCUGGCACGCCUUGGAGGAGUGGACUGCGUGUCUUGCUGAGUGUGAUCAGACAGGGACACAGACCAGACUUCACGUCUGCCAGGAAAUUGACCCAGACGGCAGCUCACAAGAGGUCAAGGCUGAGCUGUGUGACGGCUUGCAGAAGGAGAACACAACCAGGACUUGUCAUGGCGAGGAGUGUCCUCAUUACUGGACAGUUGGGGAGUGGUCAGAGUGUUCUGUGACCUGUGGUAAAGGUGCUCACUACAGAAAGAUCUACUGCGCUGACCCAGAUACAGAUUAUGAUGAUGUCAAAUGCAAGGAUGAGCCGCCAGCCAUGUCCAUAAGUUGCACUAGAGAAGACUGUCCACAAACUGGUGAGGAGAACUGUGUUGAUUUAUAUUCCUUUUGUACUACAUACAAGGGCCUCAAAGCUAGGUGUAAGAGAGAUAAUUUUCUCAGAAAGUGCUGUCGCACCUGUAUGGACGCUGAGAGGUCAGCGAAACGAUCCAUAAAGAAACGUGGACUUAAAGCCAAGAAAAACUCCAGGGCGCUGCCCUAACCUGGUUAACUGUGUCAGAAAAUUAAAUUUUUUAACCACAGUAAUUAAAUACUAGCAUCUGUGAAAUUCCCACCAAAUAUGUAUGCGUAGCGAGGAGUUGUUUUAUUGUGUAUGUAAUGCAGCUACAAGACUUUGUGGGUUUGAUCAAAACUUGGCUUUUGUUCUCAAAAAAAAUGAGGAGUAAUUUGUGCUUCAAGUUACUUAACUCACAACCUUAGAAUGUAUUUGCAAUCAGUAUUAUUGGGAAUUGCUUCCCUUAGAUAUAUUUUCUUCAGCAACCUACC